CAGAAACUAGACUAGCCUCAGUCAGAAUCAGUGCUACUCCAACACUACAGUUUUGUUUGAGAUUGGAGGGGAAAGGAUUUAAAUCAAUCCACUAAAAUGGCUUCAAUCCCCGCCCUAUUUAUACUAAUGUUAUCUUUACCCGGAGGAUGAAAAAAAAUAACACGACUCUCAGAAUUUCUUGCUGAUCUUAGACAGAUUAGAACUUGGUUGAUAUGGUGACGAAGAUUUAACAUCCGUUGAGCAAAUGUAUAUGAAGAAAGAAUCCAGGAUGCGGGUUCAGAGUCUCCCAGCCUUUAAAGUGGUUUUCACCCUGCUCAUACUCAUGGUGAUCCUGUCCCUCUUCGGGCACCACUACAUCUCAAACAUGGUGACCAACGACAACCAGCCGUUCUCCCAUAAGACACGUAACAUCGAAGGUUUCACUGACGAAUCCGACCCCAACCCCCGACCCCUGUCUGCAUACCAGCAUGAGAUUGAGGAGCUACGGCACAUUAAGGCAUCGGUGAAUAACGAAUUACGAGACUUGGAGAACAGACGCCUGAGACUACAGUCUGAGAUCACCAGCUACUCAAACAACAUUGACAGUCUUAAAACUCAGCACCAGACUUUAAACAAGGAGGUCAGCCAGAUCAAAAUGGCUUUAGAGCAAAUCAGGUUUGAGCAGGAGGAAUCCAAGUCUUAUAUACCAAUCAUUCGGGCGCCGCACAGGAUUUUGAUGGAGGUUGACGCCAGUGACAAAGUGCCGAUGCCUUCAUCUUCACAGCACUGUAAAAUGGAAAGCUGCUUUGACUUCUCGCGCUGUUCUCUGGUUUCAGGAUUCCCAGUUUAUUUUUACAGUGAAGCAGAGUACACUAAUGGCUUUACAAACUUGGAAAGUAUAUAUUCAGUGUUGAAGACAAUAUUUGAUCAAAAUAUUUAUAUUACCAACACACCUGCAAAUGCAUGUGUAUUUAUUGUAUUAAUAAGCGGUUUGGUUGAUGAGAAGCACUUUGACCCUAAAAAGUUGGAGAAUAUUCUUCUAGAGCUGCCCCAUUGGGGAGGGGAUGGACGCAAUCAUGUGUUGCUGAAUCUGGCAACAACAACAGCGUCGAAUAAUUUGCUUCAUGGUGUGAACACAGGCCGGGCUCUCAUAGCCCAGUCGUCAUUCACCAGUAAAAUGUUCCGAGAAAAAUUCGAUGUUUUACUCCCUCCAAACUUGGGGCCAAUCACGAGUGACACCAUCUGGCAAGCAUUGCCUCCCCUGUCUCCCGUCAGAAGGAAGCUCCUUCUUUCUUACUGGGGGCAGUUUGUUCCACCUGAGAAACCAGAGUCUGGGGCAAAUGGUGGGGAUGGGCACGUGAAAGACUUUGUUAACAACAUGCAGCGUAAGCCCUUGUCUGUGGACGACACCCACGCAGGUUAUAACUCUUUUUCCCACAUUGAGCAAGCUAUCGUCUCUUCGCUGAAGAGUUUCCAGAACGGCCAUCAGAGUAACUUUUACGUGGACGUAUCGUGCGGGGAGCACGGCGCCACUGCUAUCACCCCCGGGGAUUGGGCUCUGUGCGGUACUGAAGCUGCUCGUAAAGAAAAAAUCAUUCAGUCGACUUUUACACUGGUCGUCUCCCCUUUGAACUCCUCACUUUAUUCCACCAUUGCAUUCCAGACCAGAGUCUACGAAGCUCUGAAACACGGGUCCAUCCCUGUGAUCCUCGGCUCACAGGGGCAGCUGCCGUACUCUGAGGUGUUACGCUGGGACUCCGCAGCCAUCGUGCUCCCCACCCCUCGGGUGACAGAAAUCCCGUUCUACUUGCAGUCAUUCCCCGACGAGCACAUCUCAUCCUUGCGCUUGCAGGGCCGUGUGUUUUUCCAGAGCUACUUCAGCGCCACGCAGCCCCUGGUGGACACGCUGCUGGCCACACUCAGGACACGCCUCCAGAUUCCAGCACGGCCAGCUAAAGGGGAACCUUCCGUCAGCGUGUUCCCACCAUCCUUCAUACCGCUGAAGCACCUCGGCCCAGACCCGGAGCCGGAGAGCGAUGAAAUUCUGGGACCUGUUGAGAGUCCUUUUCCCUCUGAAACCUACCGCUAUAAUUUUUCACACUUCAUGCAGAUGCACUCCUUCAACGAGAGAGGUGACCCAUUUCACCUGUAUCCUUACACACCUUUUGAACCCUGGUUACCAUCUGAGUCUAAAUUUAUAGGUUCAAAUUAUGGAUUCCGUCCCAUUGGUAAAGGUGCUGGUGGAGACGGCAGAGAUUUCAGUGAGGCUCUUGGGGGUAACUCACCACGAGAACAAUUCACAAUUGUGAUGCUAACUUAUGACAGAGAGGUUGUGCUGAUCCAUGCGUUGCACCGCUUCAAAGGCCUUCCAUUCUUGAACAAAGUUUUAGUCAUUUGGAAUGGAGAGAGUCCGCCCUCAGUUGAUCUUCGUUGGCCAGAGAUUGGGGUCCCCAUCGAGGUUUUAAGAACAAGAAAAAACAGUUUGAACAACCGUUUCCUGCCCUAUGAUUCUAUUGAGACUGAAGCUAUACUUAGCAUUGAUGAUGAUGCCCACCUUAGACAUGAUGAAAUUGUGUUUGGAUUUAGGGUGUGGAGAGAAGAGAGGGCAAGGGUCGUGGGAUUCCCUGGUCGAUUCCAUGCCUGGGAUGUCAAGCACCAAUCCUGGAACUACAACUCCAACUACUCCUGCGAGUUAUCCAUGGUGCUGACUGGUGCUGCUUUCUUUCACAAGUACUACACUUACCUGUACAGCUACGUCAUGCCUCAGGCCAUACGAGACAAGGUGGACGAGUACAUGAACUGUGAGGACAUCGCCAUGAACUUUCUUGUGUCACACAUCACUCGUAAACCACCUGUAAAGGUUACCUCGCGAUGGACGUUCCGGUGCCCAGGCUGCCCCACUACCCUGUCCAGCAACUCCAGCCACUUUGAAGAAAGGCACCAGUGUAUUAACUUCUUCUCCCAGGUCUACGGGUACACCCCCCUCUUCUACACCCAGUACAGGGUGGACUCUGUGCUCUUCAAGACAAGAAUAGCGCAUGACAAAACCAAGUGCUUCAGAUACAUUUAACCUCUAUCUCUUCACCAAACCAAAUCUAAU